AACGGCCCUUCAAAUUUUUCCCUUUUAUACGUCACUCAAGUCAUUUUAUAACCCUUUUUCUCCCUCCGUUAAAAAAUAACUUCCAUCAUGUCUGACUUUGGCGAUUUUAACACACCCUCUGAAGACCCUACUUCCGACUUUCUUGCUCGUGAAAGAGCUGCUUUAGGUCAAGAUGCUGAUUUCUUCACUUCCAACGACAUGGCAUCACCUGCCUUGCCCAUGUCCCCAAGCCUCUUUGACGAACCUUCCGCUGCUAAUUCCUCUCCCAGCCUCAUGGACUUCCAGUCUUCUAGUCCCAUGAAGCCUAACGAGGGUGCUUUAGUUACUACAAGCUUCGAAGCAGACUACCCCAAAGCCGAAGAGUUGGAGACUUCUCAAGCUUUCCACAAAGCCAUGUUGCCAGAAGAAGAGCCAGAGACUGUUCGUCAAUGGCGUGAAAAGCAAAAGGAAGUCAUUGCUGAACGAGAUGCUAUUUCGGAACAAAAGAAACAAGAGACUAUCAACCGUGCACGUGAGGACAUUGACAAGUUUUAUGAAGAAUAUAAUGACAAGAAGCAAAAAGCAAUCGAAGAGAACAGAGAGCGCGAGGAGUUGGUUGUCAAGAGCCGUGACGACGUUGCUGCAUCCAGUAAUGUUUGGGAUCGUGUCGCUCGAGAGGUUGACACAUCAAACGCAAAGACAGGAUAUCAUACACACGAUGUUAGCAGAAUGAAGGAAUUAAUGGUGGAUCUUAAAAAGGAUGCCAAAGCUCCUGGUAACAUUAUCCAAGUCUAAAAAUAAAAAUAAAAAAAGAAAAAAACAUUUUGCUAU